AUGAGUGCGCGCGGCAUGAGUGCGCGCGGCCCGGCCCUGGGCCUCCUGCUGCUGCUGCUGCUGUGCCCGGCGCAGGUGUUCCUGCAGUCCUGCGUCUGGUAUGGAGAGUGUGGGAUCGCUUCUGGAGAUAAGAGGUACAACUGCGAAUAUUCCGGGCCCCCGAAGCCACUGCCGAAGGACGGGUAUGACCUAGUGCAGGAACUCUGUCCGGGGCUCUUCUUCGGCAACGUCAGCCUCUGCUGUGACGUGCAGCAGCUCCGGACCCUGAAAGACAACCUGCAGCUGCCCCUCCAGUUCCUGUCCAGGUGUCCAUCCUGUUUUUAUAACCUGAUGAACUUGUUUUGUGAGCUGACUUGUAGCCCUCGACAAAGUCAGUUUCUGAACGUUACAGAAACCGAAGAGUACGUGGAUCCUGUGACCCAUGAGAACAAAACAAACGUAAAGGAAUUACAGUACUGUGUUGGCGAGAGUUUUGCCAAUGCCAUGUACAAUGCCUGCAGGGACGUGGAGGCCCCCUCGAGCAACGACAAGGCCCUGGGGCUCCUGUGCGGGAAGGAGGCCGCAGCCUGCAACGCCACCAACUGGAUCGAGUACAUGUUCAACAAGGACAACGGCCAGGCCCCCUUCACCAUCACCCCCGUCUUCUCAGACCUCCCGGCCCACGGGAUGGAGCCAAUGAACAACGCCACCAAGGGUUGUGCCGAGCCCGUGGACGAGGUCACCGGGCCCUGCAGCUGCCAGGACUGCUCGGCCAUGUGCGGCCCCCGACCCCAGCCACCGCCCCCUCCCAUCCCCUGGAGAAUCUGGGGCCUGGACGCCAUGUUCGUCAUCAUGUGGGCCACCUACAUGGCGUUUUUGCUCAUGUUUUUUGGAGCAAUUUUUGCCGUGUGGUGCUAUAGGAAGCGGUACUUUGUCUCCGAGUACACCCCCAUCGAUAGCAGCAUAGCUUUCCCGAUCAAUGUCAGCGACACGGGGGAGGCCUCCUGCUGUGACCCGCUCGGUGCCGCCUUCGAGGGCUGCUUGAGGCGGCUCUUCACCAGGUGGGGCUCCUUCUGUGUCCGAAACCCCGGCUGUGUCAUCUUCUCCUCCCUGGCCUUCAUCGCCGCCUGCUCCUCAGGCCUGGCGUUCGUGCGUGUCACCACCAGCCCAGUGGACCUGUGGUCGGCCCCCAGCAGCCAGGCGCGCCUGGAGAAGGAGUACUUUGACACCCACUUUGGGCCGUUCUUCCGCACGGAGCAGCUCAUCAUCCAGGCGCCACACACCGACGUGCACACUUACGAGCCGUACCCCUCGGGGUCCGACGUGCCCUUCGGACCCCCUCUUGACAGAGGGAUUCUGCACCAGGUUCUUGACUUACAAACAGCCAUUGAACACAUCACUGCCUCUUACAACAACGAGACUGUGACCCUUCAGGACAUUUGCUUGGCCCCGCUCUCUCCGUAUAACAAGAACUGCACCAUUCUGAGCGUGCUGAACUACUUCCAGAACAGCCACUCGAUGCUGGACCACGAGAUAGGGGACGACUUCUACACCUACGCAGAUUACCACACGCACCUGCUGUACUGCGUCCGGGCCCCUGCCUCGCUGAAUGACACCAGCCUGCUGCACGACCCCUGCCUGGGGACGUUUGGGGGGCCCGUGUUCCCGUGGCUGGUGCUGGGAGGCUAUGACGGUCAGAACUACAAUAACGCCACCGCCCUGGUGAUGACCUUUCCUGUAAAUAACUACUACAACGACACGGAGAAGCUGGAGCGGGCCCAGGCCUGGGAAAGAGAGUUUAUUAAUUUUGUGAAAAACUACAAGAAUCCAAAUCUCACCAUUUCCUUCGUUGCUGAGCGAAGUAUCGAAGAUGAACUGAACCGUGAGAGCAACAGUGACAUCGUCACCGUGGUGACGAGCUAUGCCGUCAUGUUUCUGUACAUUUCCUUGGCCCUGGGGCACAUCCGGAGCUGCAGCAGGCUCCUGGUGGAUUCCAAGGUCUCCCUCGGCAUCGCAGGCAUCUUGAUCGUGCUGAGCUCGGUGGCCUGCUCGCUGGGCAUCUUCAGCUACGCCGGGGUCCCCCUCACCCUCAUUGUGAUCGAGGUCAUCCCCUUCCUGGUGCUGGCCGUCGGGGUGGACAACAUCUUCAUCCUGGUCCAGACCUACCAGAGAGACGAACGUCUUGAAGGAGAGACCCUGGACCAGCAGUUGGGCCGGGUCCUGGGAGACGUGGCCCCCAGCAUGUUCCUGUCGUCCUUCUCCGAGACGGUGGCCUUCUUCUUGGGAGCCCUGUCAGUGAUGCCCGCUGUGCACACCUUCUCGCUGUUUGCCGGGAUGGCCGUCCUCAUUGACUUCCUGCUCCAGAUCACCUGCUUCGUGAGUCUCCUGGGGUUGGAUGCUAAGCGUCAGGAGAACAACCGGCUGGACAUCCUGUGCUGUGUCCGCGGCGAGGAUGAUGCCGGCCCCCAGGCCUCCGAGAGCUGUUUGUUCCGCUUCUUCCGAGACGCCUACUCCCCCCUGCUGCUCACGGCCUGGAUGCGGCCGAUCGUGAUGGCGGUGUUCGUGGGCAUUCUCUCCUUCAGCAUCGCCGUCCUGAACAAGGUGGAAAUUGGAUUGGAUCAGUCUCUUUCGAUGCCAGAAGACUCCUACGUGACGGACUAUUUCAGGUCCCUCAGCCAGUUCCUGCACGCGGGCCCGCCCGUCUACUUCGUGGUGGAGGAGGGGCUGGACUACCGGUCCCUGCAGGGGCAGAACCUGGUGUGCGGGGGCAUGGGCUGCAACAAUGACUCGCUGGUGCAGCAGCUGUUCGACGUGGCCGAGCUGGACGCCUACACCCGGAUCGGCUUCGCGCCUUCGUCCUGGAUUGACGACUACUUCGACUGGGUCAAGCCGCAGUCCUCGUGCUGCCGCGUCCACAGCGGCUCCGGGCGGUUCUGCAACGCCUCCGUGACCGACCCUGGCUGCAUCCGCUGCAGGCCUCUGACUCCCGAGGGCAAACAGCGGCCCCAAGGGGAAGACUUCAUGAAGUUCCUGCCCAUGUUCCUCUCCGACAACCCGAACCCCAAGUGUGGCAAAGGGGGCCAUGCUGCCUACGGGUCGGCUGUUAACAUCCUGGGCAAUGACACCGGUGUGGGUGCCACCUACUUCAUGACCUACCACACGGUGCUCCAGACCUCUGCUGACUUCAUCGACGCCAUGAGAAAGGCCCGGCUCAUUGCUGCUAACAUCACCCAGACCAUGAGCCAGGGAGGAAGCAACCAUCGCGUGUUCCCAUACAGUGUGUUCUACGUCUUCUACGAGCAGUACCUGACUAUCAUAGAGGACACCGUCUUCAACCUCUGCGUGUCCCUGGGGGCCAUCUUCCUGGUGACGGUGGUGCUGCUGGGCUGCGAGCUGUGGUCUGCAGUGAUCAUGUGCGUCACCAUCGCCAUGAUCCUGGUCAAUAUGUUUGGCGUCAUGUGGCUGUGGGGCAUCAGCCUGAACGCGGUCUCCCUGGUCAACUUGGUCAUGAGCUGCGGCAUCUCGGUGGAGUUCUGCGCCCACAUCACCAGGGCCUUCACGGUGAGCGCCAAGGGGAGCCGCGUGGCACGUGCGGAGGAGGCGCUCUCCCACAUGGGCAGCUCCGUAUUCAGUGGAAUCACGCUUACAAAAUUUGGAGGGAUUGUGGUGUUGGCCUUUGCCAAGUCUCAAAUUUUCCAGAUAUUUUACUUCAGGAUGUACUUAGCCAUGGUCUUCCUGGGAGCCACGCACGGGUUGAUCUUCCUUCCAGUCCUCCUCAGCUACAUCGGACCAUCUGUAAAUAAAGCCAAAAGCCUGGCCACGCAGCAGCGCUGCAGAGGCACAGAGAGAGAGCAGCUCCAUUUCUAG